UCCUUCUUAGCUCUCUUACUGAAAUUUGUCAUUUUCUCAAUACACUCUCUCUCUGGAAACACACUAUGUCCCCAGAGCUACUGCCGCUGUCGCUGCAACUUGCUCCUCAGCUCCUUCUUCUGCUUCUCAAACGCUGUCGUUUCUUCAUCUCCUUGCCAAUGUUCAAUUCCUCCUCCUCCUCCUUCCUCUCUCUUCAACGCACAUUGUGAUCUCGCUCUUCGAUCCAUUCAUCUCGUGUAAUACAUAUACAUAUACACGCACUAUCCACAUUCAGUAAUUGCUAUUUUUGGAAUUUUGAUUUCAAGUGUAAGGAGUUCAUCUGGCAUUACUUGUGGUCUUCGAGUGCUCCUUUAGAAAGGCAAGUCAUUUGAAUCUCUCACAUGGAGCAAUAUGAAGUACUUGAGCAGAUAGGCAAGGGGUCAUUUGGUUCAGCUCUUCUCGUGAGGCAUAAACAUGAAAAGAAGAAGUAUGUCUUAAAAAAGAUUCGCCUUGCCCGGCAGACUGACAGGUCACGUCGAUCUGCACAUCAAGAGAAAGAGCUCAUUUCUAGAAUACGAAAUCCAUUUAUUGUAGAAUACAAAGAUUCCUGGGUAGAGAAGGGUUGCUAUGUUUGCAUUAUCAUAGGUUAUUGUGAAGGAGGAGACAUGGCAGAAGCUAUAAAAAAAGCUAAUGGAAUGCUUUUUCCAGAACAGAAGCUCUGUAAAUGGCUUGUGCAACUUCUAAUGGCACUUGACUACUUGCAUAUGAAUCAUAUUCUUCAUCGUGAUGUCAAGUGUUCAAAUAUCUUUUUGACAAAAGAACAAGAUAUUCGUCUUGGUGAUUUUGGGCUUGCCAAGAUAUUGACUUCAGAUGACUUUACUUCCUCUGUUGUGGGGACUCCCAGUUACAUGUGUCCUGAGCUUCUUGCUGAUAUACCUUAUGGUUCAAAAUCAGAUAUUUGGUCAUUGGGAUGCUGUAUAUAUGAAAUGACUGCUCUGAAGCCUGCAUUUAAAGCCUUUGAUAUGCAAGCUCUGAUUAACAAGAUAAAUAAAUCAAUAGUUGCUCCACUUCCAACUAAAUAUUCUGGUGCUUUCCGAGCCCUUGUCAAAAGCAUGCUGCGGAAGAACCCAGAGCUCAGGCCAAGUGCUGCAGAGCUUCUCAGGCACCCAUAUCUUGAACCUUAUGUCCACAAGGUUCACCUUAAGAUUAAUAGCCCUAGACACAACGAAUUACCUGUCCAAUGGCCAGAAUCCAAUUACAUAAAGAAAACACGAUUUGCGGAGCCAGAAGAUCUUCCUCUUAAAUCUCAUAGCAAGAAGCGACAUUCAUUCAGCAACGACAGGGCAUUAAACCCAAAUAUAUCUGUAGGAGAGCAAGAUCUCAUGUACUCUACAAAAGGGAUACAUCGUAGGUUAUCGGAACUAUCCAUUGGAAGUAGCAAUGAAGGAACUGUUAUUUGCAAACCAAUCAUUGCUUCAAAACCUUCAAAUAUUGCCAAGACUUCUAAACUUGCCACCGGUAAAGCUUCUGCAACGACUACGCGACAAACUGAGCCUGUGAAAAAACGUGAAUCGCUUCCUAUUACACGCACUCCAACAAAAAAAUCAGUCUCAACAAAUCGCAGAGCUUCUUUCCCUUUGCCAGCAAGAUCUACCAAUAUUGGUAUCCUUCGCGAUAUAAAAUCUCCAGAUGUCUCUGUCAAUGCUCCUCGAAUCGACAGGAUAGCUGAAUUCCCAUUAGCUUCAUAUGAAGAGACAUUCUUUCCCAUCAGGAGAGCUUCAUCAAUCUCAGCUCAAGGAUCAUGUGGCACCCCACAUCACGGUGACCGCUCAAUCACAAAGGACAAAUGCACAGUUCAAGUCCACAGAAUCUCUUCCAAGCCCAGUUUCAAUGAUGCAUGGGAAGGAAUUGAACGUGGCAUGUUUCAGGUAAACGAAGAUGAAGGAAGCAAUUCCUCUAAUCAAAAUGCAACAGCAGGGGCAUCAAGCCAUACCUCAUCAGACACAAGGCGCCACAGGUUUGACACUUCAUCAUUCCAGCAACGUGCUGAAGCCCUGGAAGGGCUGCUUGAAUUUAGUGCAAGAUUACUGCAAGAGGAAAGGUAUGAAGAGCUUUGUGUGCUCCUGAAACCUUUUGGGCCUGGAAAGGCUUCCCCCAGGGAAACUGCUAUAUGGUUGACAAAAAGCUUCAAGGAGAAUACUCUCAAACCUGAAGAUUUAUAGCAACUGAUUGAUUCACUGUGUACCAUAUUCGUAGUUGUGACAAUUUUAGAGAUCAAUAUAUCAGCUAUUCAUCAAUGAUC